GAGGAUGGAAAGCGAGAACGGCGGUCCUAUCGAAAACGUCCGCGACGGCACCACGGCCAAAUCUCUUCCUCCGCUUCGUCCACGCCCCCCACGCCUCAACUCACCCCCACGUACACCCACCCGCCUGAUCCCUAUACCAUUGCUUCUACGUACCCUCAGGACUCCCUAGCAUACGCGGCUCCCAGCUCAGAGGACGAGGUCGCUUCACCCUCCCCUUCAGAAGCAGAGGAAGAAAAUGAACCAGAUGGUGUCUUCACAUUUAGAAGGAAAAAAUUUACUAAUUAUCAUGCGCCUAAGGAAGGUAACUGGCCUUGGGUCCCACCGAGUGAAGGUGGAGGUGGAGACCCGAGAUUUAGAUUUUCCCUCACCUCCUUGGCACAUCCUGCUCGUCGGUGUAUAGGCUUUGCCCGCAGGAGAGUUGGCAGAGGUGGCAGAGUAUGGAUAGACAGAUUAAGCACUCCCUUAGAUGACCUGUGGUCCAAGACAGACUUCAGAAGUGUGGGUCCCAAUGGCCUCACAGCAACCAAUGACUUCUUGCAUGAGGUCAAAACUGAAUGGCCGCACUUCUGUCCAAGCUCUCCUCCCGAAGACAACGACACUGAUGUGGAAAUUGAUGUGGAAACUGUAGGAGUCCCGGUUACCUUAACUCCGGAUGUGAACCUCAAUUCAGCCUCAUCCCCAGAGGAGCUGAACUUGGCGUCUGCGGUGCCAUCAUCCGUCUUCAUCACGGCGGAGGUCAUGGAUGGGGAUGCCAUGGGCAAUAUAACAGAAUUAGAAGUGUCAAUACCUUCAGACUUAGACACGUUACUUAGUGGGGACUCCGGUGUGAUAAUCGGGGAGAAUUUAGAAGUGGAUCUUGUGACAGACAAUAGUAGUCACGAUGGGAAAAGUGGCAGUGGGACUAAUGGUGGCUCCAGCAGCAGUAGUGGUGUGACUUACCAUGAUCUCGCAAGCAGUGAAUGGGCAUCAAAUUUCAGUAGUACAAGUGACAGGCAACAGCAACAUUCCGUAGACUUCACCACGCAACCAACAUCCAAAUUCAUGACCCUGGACUCGACUAACACGCUUCCCUUGGCAGUAUCGGGACUGCAACUUAGUACAAGCAAUGUGACGGGUGACGAGAUGCAGCCUUCGUCUUUACCCUCCUCCUCUUCCUCCUUCCCAGCAGCAACCUCCUCUUCAGCAUCAUUAUCUUCCACUUCCUCCGCAUCCUCCUCCACUUCUUCUUCCUUGCCGCCCUCGUCAUCUGCGGCAGCAACAUCCUCCUCCGUCUCCUUUUCUAUUUCCUCAGCAACUAGUCUAAGUAACAGCUUACAGUGUGCCUCCUCUAGCAGUGGUGUGAGUGACAAGGUUGGCAGCGAGUGUUCAAACAGUGAAAGUAGCGGUGGCAAUGGCCAAGCGAUAACGUCACAGCAGCACCAGGACUCCUUGUCUGCGGAUGCGUCGUGUGUACCCAGUGGACUUCAUUUAUCUAAUAAUAAAAAUAAUGGUAGCAAUGUUAUAAGUAGUUCAACUACAAAUAAUCUGGUGUCUCAAAAAUUGUUCGCUUCAACAACUCGGACAAACGAUAGCUUACCAAACAGUGACAGCAAUAGUAGUGCAGCAGUGUUUACCAACGGGCCGAGCAACUCCGUGGACAGCUCUAAAUGUGCUAAGCUGGACCAUUACAUGUUCCACGAAACUUGAACUUUGUCCUGAAAAUUAACAAAUGCCAUGAAAAAUUUUGUUUUCGAUUUAAUUCAUGUCUUUAACUUAUUUUUAUACGGAAUGCACAAGGAAAAUAAUAAGAUGUGUUGAUUAUUCCAUGUCAUCUGGUGUUUUAUUCGAAAUCCUCUUUUUUUGCCUGUGCAAGUUCAUAACGAUUAGGCCAACUUCAUUGCAUUGGGUUCUCCAGCUGAGACAACCUUCAAUGCACCAUCAUUUCCAACACUCUCAUGUCCUUGUUUCAUUUGCUCAAAAAUUUCUAAAACUGUAUAGAAGUUAAAAGUACAAAUAAAUGAAUACAAGAAA